AUGAGAUAUGCAAGCGAAUUCCCACAUUUCUAUCGUCGAGAUGAUUUUUGCUUUUUUACUCUUCAAAAGCUUAAAUCUCAACAUUUAUGGACUCAUUUAAUUUUCUUUCUUUUCUUUCUUUACAGUCUUUUUAUAACUCGUUUUUCCCCUCAUGAUAAUUUAUUUUCCGCUUAUUGUCAUAUUUCUGUUCAAAAGUUUGGCAGCCAUACAACCUGUUUUUCUCUCAUCACUUCUUCUUCUUUGUUCCUUUUAGAUUUCUCUCGUUCAUGCAUUUAUUUCUAUUUACGUUUUCAUCUCGUUAAUUCUCCCUUUGCUACGCGUCUUCUUUCUUUCUUUCUUUCUUUCUUUCUUUAUUUUCAACAUUUUUAUUUUUCAUUUCGGAUCAUUUCUUACACUUUGUCUUCAUUCUUUUAUUUCCCUUUUUCUCUUCCGUUUUUUCUUCUGUGUCUUCUUUUUUUUCCCCCUCCAUCACUUUCCUUUCUUUUUCCCUUGUUUCUUUAUCUUUCUCGUUUCAUUCCAUUAAUCUUCCGCUUCUUCAUUUCUUUCUGUUUUUUCUUCUAA